AAAUGUGUUUAGUGAAGUGCAGUGUGUCAUAGCGGCGGCAUGGGGAAUUCCUGCAGCUCCGGGCAGGCGCAUAAGGACAAGGACAGCCAGUCCCAGCAUUCUGAAGAGUACAAGUUGAAAUCGUCAACGGGGAAUGAAAGGUCACCGUCCUACCGCGCGCGAGCGAAAGAGAGGGAAGACCAACCACCGCCGACACAGUUACUCGAGCCAGCGCCCGCGCACCGGCCGCAGCUGAAGGGACCACGCCCGGUCGGCUCUAGUGUGUCUGGUACGUUGUCCUUGUCGAACACUCGGUGAAGGAGAGGGAAGACCAACCCGCGCCGACGCAGUUACUCGAGCCAGCGCCCGCGCACCGGCCGCAGCUGAAGGGACCACGCCCGGUCGGCUCUAGUGUGUCUGACUCCAUCUCCCUAUCUUCUCCAGUGACGUGCGCCUCCCCCCGCGAUGCCGAAGGCCCCCCCAUGCCGAGCGGCGUGGCGUCUCUGCCCGAGGACCAUAGAGCACAACUACUUGGCAGACCACAGCAGAGAACGCGGCGGAAGAAAGCCAUGCUCAUAUAUGUGUGUGCGGCGGAUUCACAAGACUGUUGUGCGGAAAAAGGCGCACUGCAAUGCGGCGCGGCAGCUCGGUUACGAGUGCGCGCGCGCCGCCGCGGCUGGAGGAUCCACGUAGCAGAUCUGCACUGGCGGUCACCGCUAGAACAACAGAGGGACCAUCGCUUCCCCGUGCUGUGUAUAGCUGAACUUGCACGUCAGUCAGAGCUCGGAGCAGUAGUCCCAGUGUUGUUCCUCAACUCUGGUCUGGGGACGCCGCUCCUGCCUCACACGCUGGAGUGCGCCGACUUCAAGGCGGCGUUGGACGCGGCUCAGGACGAGGCCGACAAGACGCUGCUCAACAAAUGGUACAGCCUAGACGAGAGCAGGACGCCGCCAUGCUACCGUCUCGUUCGUGGCGCGCCGGCGCGCUGGCGUCGCGAGAUGGCGAAGGCACUCAACGUAUUGGUCCGAACCCUGCCUCAGGAAGCGUGCGACGCGUAUCUCACAACUGUAGUAGAACAGGAAGUCCAGCACACAGUUCUAAUGAGCGUGGAGGCGGCUCGGCGCUGCGUGUGGGUGUGCCGCGCCGGCGCCGCCGCCGCCGCCGAGCCCGACGCGCCGGACGCCGCGCACCACCAGGAGCUGACGCGCCGAUUGCAUAAUCUACAGAAGGAUUUAAAGCUUCAUCUAAGCGAGCGCAACAUAAUACGAGCUUCGGUCCGCGGGCGCUCUGCCCCCGGUGGCGAAGACGAAUACACUGAGGGUGUCCGUUCAGCCCUAGGCGAGCGGCUUGAUGCGUUGCUCGAUACGCUUAUAGGCGAGAGCGAAGCGCCUGCCGGCUGUAAUGGGAUACCGACCAGCUUGUUCGACGAGUUGAAUGAACACCUCACAUUCUGCCAAAAGUCGGCUCAGAGCACCUCCAACCGAGAGAUCACCCUUAACGAACUCAAGACAUACGUGACCGGCGACAGUCAAGUCCCACUGGCAUUAAUAGGGGGCGCCGGCUGUGGCAAGGCUACUUUGGUAGCCCGAGCGGCAACAUUGGCACCUACUUGGCAACAGGACCUUGCUGUCAUUAUCAGAUUCGUGGGGCUGACUCCGCAGUCGAGUAGCUCACACCAGUUGCUCAAAUCCAUUGUGGACCAGUGUCAUGUGCUGCACGCUGGAACGCCAUAUCGCGGCAGAAAUGACGUGGCAUCAUUGUCAGCGGCGUUACCAAAACUUCUCGGCGCAUUGGGGCGCGCCCGCCCAACGUUACUCCUAGUAGUUGGCGCAGACGCGCUGCGUGGCGCGCGUUGGCUACCUUCACGGUUACCAGGCAACGUAAAAAUGAUUGUUACAGUCACUGAAGAAACCGACGAGCCGUCAAGCUCUGCAAUAAUGGCGGUGCUGUCCUCCGAUGACGGCCCUAAAGUCGUCCGCGCGCCUCCGGUCGGAGCCGACGAGGCGCGGGCGGUGCUGGCGGCGUGUGCGGCCGCGUACAGUAAGACGGGGGCGGCUUCACCGCCUGAUGCGGCGGUGAAGGCUGUGCAGAAGUGCACCAUACCGCUUUAUGCUAAGAUCCUAGCCUGGCAAAUCUCCCUAUCAGCGGAAACCUUCACUGAACAAUCCGAGCCAGAAACAGCACCAGAACUGGUCAUCUGCGAGGAUCUGGAAGGUCAACUGACGCAGAUCCUCAUCACCACGGAGGCGGCGCUGGGCGCCGAACGGGUUAAGACGUGCUUGGCGCUGUUGACGGCCGCCAGGAGAGGGUUGGAUGAUACAGAGAUAUUGGACAUGCUAGCUCAUGAUGAGCUGUUUAGGAGCGAAGAGACUUACUUGCCGUGGGCCCCCGCGUCGCUGUUCUGGCCGCAGCUGGCGGCGCUGCUGUCGCCGUGGCUGCGCUGGGACGCGCGCGGCGCGGCGCGCUGGCGGGACGCGGCGCUCGCCGGCGCCGCGCGGGACAGGUACCUGCAGGACUGCGAGGACCAAGUACGAAAAACUUUGGUGGACUAUUACGAGGGUGUCUGGUACACGGAAAACGAUCCGAAGAUGGCCGGCCGGCUUAUAUCGCAAGAAAACAAAUUCUCAGACGAAUGCUACAACACGCGAAAACUGGAUGAGCUGCCGUUCCAACACUACCACUUAUCGAAGAACGACCCAGAAUCAUUCGCCACAAGACCAUAUUUCACCGAACUGAGCUGGGUUCACGACAAGCUAGCGGCUACCGACUGCGGACAUUUUCUGGAAGACAUCGCUUUAGUACACAUAGACCCCCUGCCUGAACACAUUGAGAUACUUAAAGAGGUUUUUGAGCACCAUUCCUACGCACUAGACUACGACCACAGACAAUUCUACGGCCUCCUCCGAACCACCAUGGAGAAACGCCAACGGGAAGGAGUAGAGAUCAAAUCCAAAAUAGUCCACUCAUGGGUUGAAGAAAUCUGGGAACCACCUAUACCUACCUUCUUUCCUGCCAAUGAGGAGUUCUGGAAGAUCGUAGAAACGAAGGAAAAGAGAGAUUUGGCGAUGGUAGCUGGGUUUGAUAGUAAGACAUACGAUUUGAUUGUGAGGUUCGACACGAGAGGGAAGUUUGUAGCGACGGUUUCAACGGAAAGGGAGGAGAUUUGCGUUUGGGAUGUCGCACAAUGCAAACUAGUAAGAAAGAUCACCGGCGUCACCCAGCCAAUCAACCUGGUACCUAUCGACGAGUACCGUUGUGUGGUGCUCUGUAAGCGAGAGCUUAAGGUCUAUGACCUGAACCAGGGUAAAUUCGUGGUAUCCCUGAAAGGCGUGAUGAAUCAGAAGAUGCCUUAUUACGGCCUCCACGACUCCAAGCACCUUGUCGCUUUAUCACGCAAUAGGAUGUACGUCAACCUGAUGAACAUCGAGACUGGGGACUGUGUCACCACUUUCAAGGCAGGCGAGGACAGAUUCCUGAAUUCCCUCCUGGUGUCUGGCGAUGGAAGGGUGCUGGUAUGCGGAGACGAGACGCAAAAACCGUUCCCACUCCUAGUAUGGUCACUGACGUCACGCAAGCUGCUCUACGACUUACGUAUACCGCACCAUGACUUCGUCACGUCGAAGGCUGCUAUCACGUAUGAGGGUUCAUACGUGUGCGUGGUCUCUCGUGAACUGGACGAGCCUAGUCCCAACUUCAUCGUGGUCUAUGACCUCCAGUCAGGCACGCUCUUCAAGAAGUGGAAGCCUGGCUGUGACACGGUAGCUCUGGCUAUCAGUUCGGCUGACGGCUGCGUGGUGUCGGGGUUGGCUGAUACUAGAAUACUGGUCUGGGAUCUGGUCACAGGGAACUGCCGCCUGACGCUACGCGGGCACGGCGCGGCUCCGGCGCGUCUCCGACUGGCCCGGGCCGGCGGCGUGCUGCUGUCAGCGGAUGACCAGUGCAGGGACCUGUCUGUGCGACUGUGGGACCUUCAUACAGGAAAGCUAAUAGCAGUAUACACACCGCCCGAACGUAUCACCUCCUGCGAGGUGCUGCUAGGGGGCUCCGUGCUGGCGCUGGCGCUAGAAAACUACAAGGAGAUCCUUUGUGUCAAGCUCUGCGGGCCCCCUGUAGAUUCAGUCACUCAGGGCCGCGACGCGGAGUUCGACGACCGGCCGUACGGCGAGCCGGCGCUCGAGGGCCGCGCGUUCGACGUGCGCGGCGCCGAGACCUGCUGAUAUGGCCGUCUCCGUCUCAGCGUCGCCUUCAGCCAUUGCUUUAGGACCUGGCUCUACACCUGCAUAGUGCGAUUCUAAAUCAUCGUUCAAUAAAAAAAACAUACGAGGUGCCGCAGUAGCCGAUUCAAGCUUUUUCACGACCAGAGGCAGGGCCGACAUCGAAACUCGAAUAUGCAAGAGCGAUAGAGAGGCAGAUAACGAUUUUUGAUUCGGCCCUCUCGUUGUAAAGUGCGCUUCUAAAGGGGUUCUUCUUCUUUUCUGGCUGUCGCGUCCAUCCAGCUUCGAGCAGUGAAGCGGGCAUGCGGGGCACGCCAGUAGAUGUUGAUUUCUUGAUAAUAUACCUAAACAUGUUUAUACAAAAUAAUGAUGAAUAUGAAUCACAAAGAAACUUGGGGAUAUGGACGAGGUACCAGUAUCCAUGUCACCUGUUUCUGGACUUGGCUCUUUACUUGCAUAGAGUCAGAUCAAGCUAAACUUGCAGCGAUUUUAUUAGCUAUUAGCAUAGACUGUCAACUUCUAUGAAAUUAUGACGUUUAAAAUAACACUUGCACAGCCUUUGCUAUCAAAAUCACUGUAGAGUUACCUUGGUCUGAUUCCUUUUCUCAACAUAUUUCGAAAUCGGACAAAGUUAUUCGGCCAUUGUUUCAUUUUCAUUGGAUAAUGAAACAGUAACUAAUAUUUAAAUGGUGAACAUAAGCAUAUUUAGGAAGCUACAUAAAAAAAUCAUAAAAAUGUAUUCUCAGUUGUUACAUAAGGGACCCUAAUAUUGUCUAGGAAGAGUUCCCAUCAAAAUCGAAAUAAAUGCAAAAACAAAUAGGUACCUACAUAUUUUUAAAUAAAAAAAGAAUAUCGUGGCACGGUGUAGGCCGAGUCCUUCAAUGUACAUUUGUAACAUCAUUUUACUUCUUGACCAUACACCGCACUCGAGGAGACAGUUUCCGGGCACGUCAGUUGGUAACAAAUACCUUAUUCUGACAACUCGAAAAUUCAUUGAUUUAUUUGCAAACAUUACCAACUGACGUGCCCGCAAAAUGCCUCCUCGAGUGCGGUGUAUGUUCCUGACUUUUUUGAAAAUAUUACCCUAGUAAAGAAUAUUAACCUUCGUAUGACCAAAGAGAAUUUGAAAUAGAGGUUGAGAUUGUCACAGAAAAUUUUGUGGCCACAGUAAAUUUACUUCCAUCUUUCGACAAAUGAUUUAAAAUUUUAGAAUCCACCAAUCCACCUCUAUUCCAAAUUCUCUUUGGUGUGACGUAAUAAUUUCGUAUGGAAGUAUAGAUACUACUGACCAAAAAAGGGUUAAUAAAGAACCAAUACUUUAUGUAAUGUAAUAUAGGUACAUGGAUUGUUUCUUUAUUUAAGCCUAAGAAUGGAUGAAUUUGCUUAUAUUAAAAACAAACUAAUAAUAAAGACAUGUGCCGAGUUGGGCUCAAAUAAUAUUUCAACGGUUUCAAAUGUAUUUGAUUAUGACGUUUGAUUAAGGCUCAUUCUAGACGAGAUGCAAUCUUUGGGUAAAUUGUCUAUGGUUACAAAAUUCUGUCAGUAUUUGAAAAACUGACAUAGGUAAUCCUGUCAGAACUAAAGCCCGACCAGAAACAUGUAAUCAUUGUCAAGACAAGAGGGCGCUCUUUCAGUUUAGUUUAGUAUGAAAAAUUUAGUUCCAAUGAAAUUCCGCAAUAUGGCGAGUGAUCAUAUAUUACUGGUCAUGCUUUUACAGAUCACAAUCUGGAAUUCCGUCCCGUAUACAGUGAGCCAUAACCAAAGUAUACAUCCAUCUCUUUUACAGUACCAUUCUGUGCGUGUCAGAACGAGAUGGAUGUUUAGUCUAUGGCAUGUAAUAUCUGCGCGGUGUAAUGUUGCCAGUAUGUUAAACUCGGAAUCGUAUGGAAAUAAAAAAAAACUUAAAUGUUUUGAUCUAUUACGCUUAUUAAUUACAUAAAAAUAAUUGUAUUUUAGUGAAUUCUCUAUCAGUAAUGUUGAUGUUUAGAUGUAAUUUUGUGGUGAAUUUAGGAUAAGUGAUUUAAUGCCCAACACGGACUUACAGUGAUACCACAAAUAUAAGUUAUAUCAGCGACUACCCAAAAGCUCAUAUCAUAUGGUAUGCCAGUGAAAGGGCUCCUCUACGCGAUGGCCCAGCGUAGGCCAGUCUAAGGGACGCAGCUAUGCGGUGGAACGAGAUAGCAAUAUCACUUACUCCCUCUAACGCAUAAAUGCGUCCCUUGGACUGGCCUGCGCUGGGCCAUCGUGUAGAGGAGCCAAAAAGAAGUAGGUAGGUUUAAUUUGGUCCACACGUAGCCAAUGAAUGUUACUACCUCGCUCUAACAGACAACUACCUUGAAUAUACAUACAUUCGCAUAAUGUGGACGCACCAAUCGCCAAGUUAUUUUGACGCCAAUUAAGAGGAAAGAAUAGCUUUUCGGAUCUAACACUUACUACCGUACACAAAUACCGUUACUUGUAUUUUUUCUAUGAAAUUCCAUUUCGGGAGAACUUUCACUAAAUAAAACUAAAUCCUAACAAAUCACUUUGAUUUACUGUCGAUCGCUUCAGCAUAAUAUAUUCUAGCUUUAUAGGCCUCGUUUUUUGAAAAUAAAAAUUGUUUUUUUGUUUUGCAAAUGUUGAAAAAAGGAAAAUCAAUAAACCUAGUUUUUUAUUGUCAACAACAUCAUGGAAGAUGGAAAAUAUUUAGAAGUGGAAAAACGUUUUCUCUUCGUCUAUCACGUGGAAUAAUUCUCUCUUAAAGUUCAUUGUCACUGUAUCAAGGUACAGAACAGACUGUUUAAAAGAAAGAAAUAGAAAGAAAAAACAUUUAUUUAUGACAAAACAAACAUAGAUGCACAAAACACGUCGACAAUACAAUGUAUAACAUUUAGCGCAAAAUGCCAGAAAAGGGUCACAACUCAGCAUGUAGCUGGCAACGCCAGCGCUGCUCCUCCGUUGUGUUGAUCGUACGCACAUUCGUGUAACUUAUAUUGGUAUCACUGAAGUUUCUCGUCAGUCCUUUGGACGAACUUAGGACCUCUUAAGUAGGUAGCAUUGAUACAUUUAAACUGCGAAACUAAAUAAAAAUACAACAUUGCAGUAUUGACCACACUAAUAUCUAACUUAGUUGUCCAAUUUAUGUACUUGGUAAUUUCAUCGUCAGUUUAAAUGAAUCUAUGCUAGAAUUAGCCCAAGAUAACGCAACUAUUUUAAUAACACACGCAAUGCAAGUUUUAUGCAUACGUACAUAAUUUAAUAGAAGAUUGAUUUUUAAAAUAACACUACGUGUGCUAUCAAAAUCGUUCCAGACUUGUCUUGGUCUGACAAUAUCAAAACAAAGAGGAAUAUAAUAUGUGUAUAAUGGUGUUGUAAGUCAAUUUUCACAACUGUCUCAUUUCACUCUAGUCCACUCUCAACCAGUCAAAUAGAUGUGUUAUUUUUGUUAUGUACGACUUUAUUUCCAAGGAACUUAAUUUCAAGCAUAACUAUAUUUUUCAAACUUGAUGGGUACGCUGAUAGGUGUAAUUUCAAUACAAUUUUGCGAGAUUUAGCUUUUUUAGGGGAUAAAUUAUAUGGAGAUGACACCUGUCACCCUACUCAUCGAGUUUGAAUAAUACUAUAUUAUCAAAGAUUUAAUAAUUGUCAUAAUUGUGUAAGAUGAGCAAAGUCAAACACAAUUUCGUGCUUGGAAUAUGACAACUAAACGAGAUAGCGCUGUACGGGUCCGUACAUUAUGUGCAAAGAUAUAUAACUCCGUAUACGAUAAAGCAAGUCUAAGAAAAAAACGUGCCUGUAAAAAUCAAGAAAUUUAUGCUCGAAUAGAUGGUAAUAUAACUUUAUACUCGAGUAGAAGGCGACACCGUUUGAUAUUUAACACAUAUAAAUAAUCAAUACAUUUUCAAAUAGCCAUAUGUAAUUCUAGAUGGCAGUAAAAUUAGUUGACUACAAAAUUUACUUGGACAAUACGCCUAUACUAAAUUCUCUUUGAUUAUGCAGUAACUUUGGCUGUCAUUUGAUGUUUGACAAUUCAGUGACCAUAAAACUAAGGCGUGUGGAAUUAAAAGGAGUGACAUCUCUUAUGGUACAACUGUUCCAAAAGUGUCCAGCUGUCAGCUCUAAAUAAUAGUUCCAAAUCUCUCCAGAGUAGCGCUAGAGUAGCUAAGAACCUAGGCGUUAUUGACGAAGUGAAGUGCGCUGUCUAUGAUUUGAAUUUUUUGUUCAAGUAUUCUAGGUAUUGUACCGCCACCUAUUUAAGGUUUUUUGAUCACACUUUUUGGUACAUGGAAAUUGUAUUCCUGACUUCCACCAUCCGUACAGAAAACCUAUGGAGCAGUACAGCGCCAUCUGUUUCAGGUAUAAAACUAGCGGCCACGAUUUUAUUUUAAUUUUACAUUUUUGUUACAAUCAUUAAUUCUUUGCUACUGUAUUAUGUAAAAGCAGUAAGUUGCUUGGAAUUAAGAACCAUGUCAUAGACUUGUUUGUGUUUUUAUUGAAAUAGGUCAGUUAUUACGUAUUAAAGUGGGAACCAAAAAGCGACAUCUACUGUUGAAUAGCUGUAACUUGUACAAGUUUUAACUUCUAGUAAAAAAACCGGCCAAGUGCGAGUCGGACUCGCACAAGAAGGGUUCCGUACCAUUACCUAUAAAACGGU